AAUAAUAUAUAUCUUUCUAAGUUGCAAAAAGUGGGUAAAAAACAAAGUUUUUAUAUAUUGACUAAAUAUUCUAACAUAUAAACAUUACAAUGAAGGGAAAAAUAAUAGCCAAAAUGCCCUAAAAAAAGAUUGAGGUUUAUAUUGGAGACCCUGGGUUGAGUAAAUUCCAAAUGAUUUUCCCGUGAUCCCUUGCACGAGAGUUGACAACACGUCAAAAAUGGCAGAUGCAGGACCGAGCAAAAGUGACAUCGAGGAAGUUUUUAAAAGAUUACGAGCGAUUCCGACCAAUAAGUCAUGUUUCGACUGCAAUGCAAAAAACCCGGUGUGGUCCAGUGUCACAUACGGGGUUUUUCUCUGCAUCGAUUGCUCAGCCGUGCAUCGCAAUUUAGGAGUUCAUUUGACUUUCGUGCGUUCAACUCAACUUGAUACAAAUUGGACUUGGCUCCAGCUGAGAAAUAUGCAAUUAGGAGGAAAUGCCAACGCCAGAAAAUAUUUUGCUCAACACAAUUGUAUGACCAACGAUGCUCAGCAAAAAUACACGUCUCGGACUGCAAUGAUGUAUAAAGAUAAACUAUCGCAAGCAUCCGCAAAAGCGAUGCGGCAUUACGGAAAAAGGGUAUAUGUUCCUCCACUUCCAUACAAAUCGUUGCAUUUAGAGGAACAGCCAGAACCGGAGAAGGAAGAGCAGGCCGAGAUAGACUUUUUCAAGGAACAUGAGAGUUUCGAAUCCAACGAAAUCACAGUGCCUAAGGAGGAAAAGCCCAUUACCGCGUUUAGAGCUUUGAAUGUGGAAUCCUCUCCGAAAAUAUCUCCGAGUACCGAAGCACCUGUCAAUACUUCGGGACCGUCUGUUAAAUUGUCCGAUGCAAGUAAUCUUUCUACGGAAAGAAAAUCUACAAUCGGAGGAAGGACAGUUCAACCGAAGAGAGCUGGCCUUGGAAAAAAAGCGAGUGGCUUCGGGGGAGCCCAGCGAGUGAAGACAAACUUUGACGCGUUGGAGAAAAGCGCCAUGGAAGCUUCUCGAGACAUAGUAAACAAAGAUGUCCAAGAGAGAACCAAAGAAGAGCAAAACGAGAUUGACACUCGAUUAGCCUAUCGCUACGAACAAAACUUGACCAUGCAAGCGAAAAAACAGGAAGAAAAAACGAAACAACUUACUCCCUCAAAAGCUGGACAAGCUGAAAGACUCGGCAUGGGAUUCAACACUCGAGGAGGAGCGAGCCAUUCGGCUUUUGGAGACAUGAGUACGAUUACUCAGGAAUCAUCUUCAAAAGUGUUCACUUCUUCAGAGCCGAAGAGGGAACCGGAGAGGUUACGAUCGAUCGAGGAUGACGUCCGAACAAUAACAUUCGAGGAUGCUCUUGAUGAUUUUGCAUUUGAACACAGUUUCAGGAGUGCCGGAGCGAAUAGCAAACCUCGUAAUGACGAAGUUACUGUAAUUGCUGAGCCAGAACUCUCGAAACGAGCUACAUCUCGUCAAAAUUACUCCAGAGUCGAGAGCAAAACUACCGGCGAGGGAGAAGCUCAGAAGAAAUUCGGCAGUGCCAAAGGCAUCAGCAGCGAUCAGUACUUCCGUGACAGUGCCAAUGAUGAUAAUUGGGAACGGAAAAACAAUUUGCGUCGUUUCGAGGGUUCAUCGAGUAUUUCAUCAGCAGAUUACUUCGGAACUGGUCAGUCGAAUCCGACCUCGCCGACUUCUUCACUUUCAAUGAACCUCAGUGGUAGAGGUGGAAGCGUCGAUCUUGAGGAUGUGCGUGAAAGUGUGAGACAGGGAGUCAGCAAAGUAGCAGGAAGGUUAAGUUCACUCGCCAAUGCUGCAGUUACAUCAAUACAGGACCGUUAUGGACUUUGAACACAAAUUUUGGCAUUAAAUAUUGUUACUGGUGAAGUUUUCUUAUCCGUGUUGUUCUGUGGAUUGUAAAUAAAAGCUUCCGAGAGCGAGAAAGUGAAGGUGAAGCUCCUUUUACUGUUUUUAGGUAUUAAAUAAAGCGUUCAGUAAACAAA